CAAUGAUCUGCAAGCAGAACAACUAAAGUAGAGACAGAGAGGAGAUUUCAUGUACUCUCCACAGGCCGAAAAUGCGAUCAUGUCACAGAGGAUGAGCGGAGAUACAAAGCCGGAUAUGAAGCAAGAGGUGAUGAAGAGCAGCCAGGUGGUUUAGUCCAUUUAUUCAUUUUAUUCAUUAGUCCGGGUCAUUUCAUAGAUGCGCUAGCGGGUGGUACAGGCCAUCAGCAAGCUUUAGAUCAUAGCCCGAAACACCUUUUGUCCUGAAUAUGACAUCAAAAGCCGAGAUCCUGCAAUAGCGGAGGCUGAGGAGGAACCGGAUUGACGGGACGCAUGAAUUAAACAAUCAGCGGUACCUCACGUUUCUCCCCCCUUAAUGUGCUCAAACGGAGGUGUGUGGAGGAGAGAGCGAACCGAGCCCGCAGCCGAUGCCCGGAGAAAACAGCAGCCUGUGUGCAGGCAGCUGUGGACGACAGGAAGGUGGUACCCAAGUGUCGGUGUUUAUUAUCUGGGAUCUGACUCCGGAGGCGCGUCGCUGAGGCAUGGGCUGCGCUCCCAGUAUCCACGUCUCUCAGAGCGGGGUGAUCUACUGCCGAGACUCAGACGAAUCCAACUCCCCCCACCAGACCACCACCAUCUCUCAGGGCACCGCGGCCACGCUACACGGGCUCUUCAUCAAGACCGAUGCGGCCGAGACCAUCCCCUCCGUCAUCACCUACCAGAGCCGCCACUCGCGCAACAACUCGUGCCGGGAUCGCAAGGAGAACAGCGGGGGACACAUCCGCAUCGAGGCCGAGACGCAGACCAGCCACACCAGCGUCAAGGUUUCAGCUACAGAAGAAUGUGUCGGACCUAUGAGACUGACUCAAGAGCCCAUUCAGGUCCUACUGGUGUUCGCCAAGGAGGACAGCCAAAGCGAUGCCUUCUGGUGGGCCUGUGACCGCGCUGGGUUCAGGUGUAACAUCGCACGCACACCCGAGUCUGCCGUCGAGUGUUUCCUGGACAAGCACCAUGAGAUCAUAGUCAUUGACGGACGCCACUCGCGGUACUUUGAGCCUGAAGCUGUAUGCCGAUUGAUCCGUGCCACAAAGCCCUCUGAAAAUGCAGUUAUUCUGGCUGUUGUGCCACAGAAGCCGGCUGACCAGGAGGAGCCAUCUGUUCUUCCUCUCCUCUGUGCAGGAUUCAGCAGAAGGUUUGUGGAGAACAGCAGUGUGUCAGCCUGUUUUAAUGAACUGAUACAGAUUGAACAUGGAGAGGUGCGCUGCCAGUUCAAACUCAGGGCUUGUAACUCUGUCUUCACUGCUUUGGAGCACUGUCAAGAGGCUGUGGAGAUCACCAGUGAGGACCACAUAAUACAGUACGUAAACCCAGCGUUUGAGCGGAUGAUGGGCUACCACAAGGGGGAGCUAAUCGGGAAGGAACUGACCGAACUUCCAAAGAGUGACAAGAACAGAGCUGACCUCCUGGACACCAUCAACACUUGUAUCAAAAAAGGAAAGGAAUGGCAGGGCAUUUACUAUGCCAGAAAGAAGUCAGGUGACAGUAUACAACAACACGUAAAGAUCACACCAGUCAUCGGCCAAGGAGGGAAGAUUCGACAUUUUGUAGCCAUCAAGAGACCUCAUAUUGACAACAAUAAUCAGGUCCACAAGCUCAACAAGGAGGAGAGAUGCAGCGGGGAACAUUCUCAGUCAGAGUGCCAUUCUCUACGUCACCGCGACAGGAGGAAAGAUUCAAUUGAUGCCAGAUCACUCAGCUCUCGCAGUAGUGAUGCUCCCAGUUUACAGAAUCGAAGAUAUUCCUCUGUUGCCAAGAUUCACUCCAUGACUAUUGAGGCUCCCAUCACAAAGGUAAUAAACAUCAUCAACGCAGCCCAGGAAAGCAGUCCGGUGACAGUGGCUGAGGCUUUGGAUCGGGUGUUGGAGAUCCUGAGAACCACCGAGCUCUACUCUCCUCAGCUUGCCUCUAAAGAAGAUGACCCUCACACCAAUGACCUGGUUGGGGGACUAAUGAGUGAUGGGCUGCGCAGACUCUCUGGGAAUGAAUACGUCUUCUGCAAAAAUAUGAGCCAGAGCCAGCUGGCCAUCCCAGUCACUCUGAAUGACGUUCCUCCAUCCAUCGCCGAGAUGCUGAAUGAUGAGGAGUGCUGGGAGUUCAACAUCCUGGAGCUAGAGGCAGCUACACACAAAAGGCCGCUGACUUACCUCGGACUGAAGACCUUCACAAGUUUUGGUGUGUGCGAGUUCCUGAACUGCUCGGAGGCCACGCUGCGCUCCUGGCUGCAGCUCAUGGAGGCCAGCUACCACUCCUCCAACUCCUACCACAACUCCACGCACGCCGCAGAUGUGCUGCACGCCACUGCCUACUUCCUCCGCAAAGAAAGAGUCAAGAGCAAUCUGGACCAGCUGGAUGAGGUGGCAGCUCUGAUAGCGGCCACAGUACACGACGUGGACCACCCGGGCAGGACCAACUCCUUCUUGUGUAACGCCGGCAGCGAGCUGGCAAUCCUCUACAAUGACACAGCCGUGCUGGAGAGCCACCAUGCGGCCCUCGCCUUCCAGCUCACCGUCCGAGACAGCAAGAGCAACAUCUUCAAGAACACCGACAGGAAUCAGUUCCGAACACUGCGACAGGCAAUCAUCGACAUGGUGCUGGCCACAGAAAUGACCAGACACUUCGAACAUGUGAGCAAGUUUGUCAACAGCAUCAACAAGCCAAUGGCUGCCAUAGAGGAGACCAGCACAAGUAGCAUGAACAGCGACUGUGAGGGUCAAGCCAAUUUCAGGAACUCUCCAGAGAACCGUCUGCUGAUAAAGAGGAUGCUGAUCAAGUGUGCAGAUGUGGCAAACCCCUGCAGACCGCUUGAGCUCUGCAUCGAGUGGGCUGGACGGAUCUCUGAGGAGUACUUUGCGCAGACAGAUGAGGAGAAGAGACAAGGCCUGCCGGUGGUGAUGCCGGUGUUUGACAGGAACACCUGCAGUGUGCCCAAAUCUCAGAUCUCCUUCAUAGACUACUUCAUCACUGAUAUGUUUGACGCCUGGGAUGCCUUCGCCACCUUGCCUGGUCUCAUGGAACACCUGUCGGAGAAUUACAAGUACUGGAAGGGUUUGGACGAGAUGAAGUGUAAGAGCCUGCGUCCUCCCCCUCCCUCUUGACCAACUCUUCGUCACCUCCUCUCAUCUAUCACCCUGAGCAGGGUAGGACAGCGAACGCAGCCCUGCGGUGGAACAGUUGGUCUCUUCAGCUGUGAUUCGACAGAGCUCUGUGCCCUCCCAGGCGCCCCCGGACACGUUCGCGGCCAGAAGGUGGCCAAUCGGGGUCCCUGAGAGCAGACAUCACUGACUGAUGAACACUGAGACGCUGUUUCAAUCUCAAAUCACAGCCUCUUUUCUUGUGUGGUUGUAGGUGGAGGUGGUGUUCUGCCAGUGGAGAACAGGUUGUCAUUUGAGGGCCCCGUCCACAUUUAUGGCCCUUUUAAGUAUUCCUAAUAGCACCUCUAUGAAACUGUGUGGACCUCACGGCUCACCUGACAAUCUGUACCAUACAGUGUAACACACCACAAACCUGCACUUUAGCUAAUGGAGACAUUUUCAUUUGGAGCAUCUUCUUGCUGUUUUGGCUAUUCACAGUUUUUUCUCUAAUUUUCUUUAAACAAAUCUUUUCAUUCUACAUCUGUCUAUUGCUGUAAAACAAACAUGGUGAUUAAGAUGGUGACCAAAGCUGGAAGCACUGAAGUUCAUGCUUGUUUCUUUUCAAAUUGCCAACUUGAGAAGGUGCUCAGCUGGAAUCAUUCAUUCUUAUAAGUUGUGAUAUGGUCUGCAGUAUGAGAGACACUUUGACUUGUGUCUGGGACCAAAUACUUAGCAAUCCCCAUCCUUUUGGACCCGCACAGAGAGAACUUGUUGGAAAGAUUUAAGAAAGGGGAGUUCCAGAGACAGUAGGCCAAGUACCAGGGUCCAGUCAGAGGGGGGAGAACCAGCCCCAUAGGCAGAGCUGACAUCAAAGAAGAGCUUGGGAUGACUGCUGGAUUUAAGGAUCAUGUAGGUAUCAUUUUCCUUUGUGCACUGUGAAAGCAGUUGGUGAAGAUCUUUGUCAACAAAUGGAGGAACAGAAUUGCACUGUAUCAGAGCUGUUAGCAAUGAUGCUUUCAUCGAGUAAUACAAAAAUAUCAGAUGUUACAAUACACACAUAGCUUUGUGACACUAACUGUAGACAUUUGCACCCAAAUAAGAGCAAACAAAACUGACUCAUGAGUUUCUGAACACUAUAAGAAUAAGCUUUCUAUGUGAAGCAACACUGACUGUUGUACAGUAGAGGCCAUGCAAUGCUGUUAGAGUAGGGAGUAGCUGUGUUGGACCUCACAGCGACCUGACAGAUGUAUGAAGGAGCAGCAGAUCCAUGUUUGGAUCCAGCUUGUAAAAACAGCAGCUGCCGAGCACAGCGUCUGUCUGCCUCCAGCACUAAUCAGCUCCGGCUCUCACGUGGUUUUGGUUAAAGCGAUUCUUUUUUUUUUUUCACUGUAUCUCAAAAAUCCUGCAACUGCAAUUCACCUUGCAGUCAUCUGGCUCUGUUUUGGGGAGAAAUCUAGGAUGCACAUGAUUUUCAGAUUAUUUGCAUUCAGAGAAAUAACACAAAGGCCAUCUGAUCAUGAAAUUUGCAAGGUGUUUCUGCCCUCCGGUGGCGAUAUGGGGGUGUUGCAGUAACAUUAAAUCAGUGUAAUGGUAUUCGUCAGAUCAGUUCCAAAGAAACUAGUUAUUACCCCACUGUGACUGCGAAUAGAAAAUGCAGUUUACUUUGAUAUUUGAGAAUUCAACCGGUAUUAUGUUUUAGUAAAACAUCCAUGUAGCUAAAUUUUAACCUGUUAAGGUUAAAAGUAUAGUUCAGAUUUUUAAGUCAGGUGGUAUGGGGUUGUUAUCCAUAGACAGGACAUUACAUACAGUAGAGGUUGGUCGGUACGCCCCUAGUGUGGAGAAGCAGGCUGGAGUCUGACAUGGAAGCUAAACAAUCGCCAGCUUCACCUCAUUGCAGACAGUGAAUUCCAACAGGAAAAUUAAACCGUCAUAUGGCUGUCUUCAAAACCAAACUCCACUGAGAAAAACUGAUUUAAUAUCAAUGAAGACAGGAGCUGCUGGUCUACCACCACCUCAAAC